GCCGCGUCCGGGGCGGCCGGUGCGCGAGACGCCGCCGAGAGGCUGCUGGUGGCUCCCGUAACAGUUUGCAAAGCCCGGGGAGUUGUGAAGGGCGCGGGCCGGGGGGCGCGCUGCCGGCCUCGAGGGCUCGUCCGCCGCCGCGUCUGUCCCUGCUGUGAGGCCCCAGGAGCGGGGGCGAGAGGGCCACGAUGCCAGUUCCUGGCCGAAGACAGAGGCCCAGGAUGCUGCCGGUUUGGAGCUUGGUGGCGGUGCUUUUGGCCAACCUGCUGGCCCUGAGUGACACACUGGCAGUGAUGUCUGUGGACCUGGGCAGUGAGUCCAUGAAGGUAGCCAUCGUCAAACCCGGAGUGCCCAUGGAGAUCGUCCUGAACAAGGAAUCCCGACGGAAAACCCCAGUGACCGUGACUCUGAAAGACAAUGAAAGGCUCUUCGGAGACAGCGCGGCGAGCAUGGCCGUCAAGAACCCGAAGGCAACGCUUCGCUACUUCCAGCACCUGCUGGGGAAGCAGGAGAAGAACCCCCACGUGGCCCUUUACCGAGCUCGCUUCCCCGAGCACGAGCUGGGCUUGGACCCACAGCGGCAGACCGUACGCUUCAACAUCAGCCCGCAGCUGCAGUUCUCGCCCGAGGAAGUCCUGGGCAUGGUGCUCAAUUACUCGCGCUCCCUAGCUGAAGAUUUUGCAGAGCAGCCCAUCAAGGACGCUGUGAUCACCGUGCCAGCCUUCUUCAACCAGGCCGAGCGGCGGGCCGUGCUGCAGGCAGCCCGAAUGGCCGGCCUCAAAGUGCUGCAGCUCAUCAAUGACAACACAGCCACUGCCCUCAGCUACGGCGUCUUUCGCCGGAAGGACAUCAACUCCACGGCCCAGAACGUCAUGUUCUAUGACAUGGGCUCGGGCAGCACCGUGUGCACCAUCGUAACCUACCAGACGGUGAAGAUGAAGGAGGCUGGCAUGCAGCCGCAGCUGCAGAUCCGGGGAGUGGGCUUUGACCGCACUCUGGGGGGCCUGGAGAUGGAACUUCGGCUGCGUGAACACCUGGCUGAUCUUUUCAACGAGCAGCGUAAAGGCCAGAAGGCCAAGGACGUGCGGGAGAACCCCCGGGCCAUGGCCAAGCUGCUGCGUGAGGCCAAUCGUGUCAAGACUGUCCUGAGCGCCAAUGCGGACCAUAUGGCACAGAUCGAGGGCCUGAUGGAUGACGUGGACUUCAAGGCCAAGGUGACACGUGCAGAGUUGGAGGAGCUGUGCGCGGACCUGUUCGAGCGGGUGCCUGGGCCCGUCCAGCAGGCCCUGCAGAGUGCCGAGAUGAACCUGGAUGAGAUUGAGCAGGUGAUCCUGGUGGGCGGGGCCACUCGGGUUCCCAAAGUCCAGGAGGUGCUGCUGAAGGCAGUGGGCAAGGAGGAGCUCGGGAAGAACAUCAAUGCCGACGAGGCGGCCGCCAUGGGCGCCGUGUACCAGGCGGCCGCGCUCAGCAAGGCCUUCAAGGUGAAGCCCUUUGUGGUCCGAGACGCGGUCAUCUACCCCAUCCAGGUGGAGUUCACCAGGGAGGUGGAGGAGGAUUUGGGGGUGCGCAGCCUGAAGCACAAUAGGCGGGUUCUCUUCUCGCGCAUGGGGCCCUAUCCCCAGCGCAAGGUCAUCACCUUCAACCGCUACAGCCACGACUUCCAGUUCCACGUCAACUACGGCGACCUGGGCUUCCUGGGGCCUGAGGAGCUCCGGGUGUUUGGCUCCCAGAACCUGACCACUGUCAACCUGAAAGGAGUGGGGGAGAGCUUCAAGAAGCACCCCAACUAUGAGUCCAAGGGCAUCAAGGCGCACUUCAACCUGGAUGAGAGUGGCGUGCUCAGCCUUGACCGGGUGGAGUCUGUGUUCGAGACCCUGGUGGAGGACAGCCCGGAAGAGGAGUCGACUCUGACCAAACUCGGCAACACCAUCUCCAGUCUGUUUGGAGGGGGGACCGCAGCAGACGCCAAAGACAACGGCACUGACACUGUCCAGGAGGAAGAUGACAGUCCUGCCGAGGGCAGCAAGGACGAGCCCGGAGAGCAGGCGGAGGUCAGGGAGGAGGCCGAGGCCCCAGCAGGGGACCCGUCCCCACCCCCGACCCCUGAGCCCAAGGGGGAUGCUGCCCCCGAUGGGGAGGAGGCUGCGCCCAAAGAAAGCGGGGAGAAGCCAGAUGCCCAGAAGCCCAGUGAGAAGGGGGAGCCAGGGGCUGAGGCUGUUCCCCCGGCACCAGAGGAAAAGAAGCCGAAGCCCGCCCGGAAGCAGAAGAUGGUGGAGGAGAUCGGGGUGGAGCUGCUGGUUCUCGACCUGCCCGACCUCCCCGAGGACGCGCUGGCCCGCUCGUCGCAGCGACUUCAGGACUUGACGCUCCGAGACCUGGAGAAGCAGGAGCGGGAGAAGGCUGCCAACAGCCUGGAGGCUUUCAUCUUCGAGACGCAGGACAAGCUGUACCAGCCUGAGUACCAGGAAGUGUCCACUGAGCAGCAGCGCGAGGAGAUCUCGGGGAAGCUGAGCGCAGCGUCCACCUGGCUGGAGGAUGAAGGCUUCGAGGCCAGCACCACGAUGCUGAAGGAGAAGCUGGCCGAGCUGAGGAAGCUGUGUCAGGGCCUGUUCUUUCGGGUGGAGGAACGCAGGAAGUGGCCCGAGCGCCUCUCUGCCCUCGAUAAUCUCCUCAAUCAUUCCAGCAUGUUCCUCAAGGGCGCGCGGCUCAUCCCUGAGAUGGACCAGCUCUUCACAGAAGUGGAGAUGACGACGCUAGAGAAGGUCAUCAAUGAGACCUGGGCCUGGAAGAACACGACGGUGGCCGAGCAGGACAAGCUUCCCGCCACCGAGAAGCCUGUGCUGCUCUCCAAGGACAUCGAGGCCAAGAUGAUGGCCCUGGACCGGGAGGUGCAGUACCUGCUCAACAAAGCCAAGUUCAGCAAACCCCGGCCCCGGCCCAAGGACAAGAACGGCACCCGUGCUGAGGCUCCCCACAAUGCCAGCGAGCAGGCCGAGAAGGUCAUCCCCCCGGCAGGCCAGGAUGAGGACGUGAAGCCCGUUCCAGAACCCGAGAAGGAGGCUGCAGGAUCCAAAGCAGCAGAUGCAGAGCCCCUGGAAUUAGGGGGCCCAGGAACAUCAGCAGACUCUGAGAAGAAGGAGCAACCGGCAGGGCAGAAACAAACCUCGAAGAAUGAUGAACUAUAACGCCUGCCUCCCAUUGCCCCGUCACCCUGCCCCCUUCUACCACCUCUAUUUAUUAGCCCCGGAGGGUUUGGGGGUGCUGCCCUCCGAGGCUGACGUUCCUCUCCUUUCCCCUGUGAUCACAGGGGAGAGGAGAAAGAGAAGAGAGCUCAUCAUUCCUUCUGGAGCAUUCUGUGGUUCAAAAUGAAAUCGUUCUACUUUCUUCAACCCGCCCCGCUUCCCUCCCCACCCAUCCAGGCCUCACCUGGGAAAAUCACUAUUAUGUCUUAACUGCCUAUGGGAAGGGCUGGCCUCGGCUGGCAGUGGGAGGGAGACGCUGGGGUGUCCAUCUCCCAUCUUCUCUGGCUGUUGCUGCUUCUCUCCUGCUGCGUCCACCCCAAGGGGCCGGCAUCGUGAGGGCUGGGCGCCCAGCCUGGGGGCUCACUGCCUCCCUGUGCUCUCUUCCCACCACACCCCCACCCCACCUUCCUCUUGGAAGUCAGGCCCUUCUCUGCCUUUGCCCACAGCCCUUCUGUGUGGACCGUCCACAGGACAUGUGGCUUGGUUUCCACACCAUGUCCACUGGCCCAGUCCCCGUCAGGAUAGGAGACCCUGGAACCCUGGCCACCUGCCGCUGUCCCCAUGUGCUGGGGAAAGGUCUGGGAGGGGCGGGCACAGAAGCCAGCUUCCUGCCCUUCCCAGGAGCAGGGCACCCCAACUUGGCAAGCUGUCCCCUUCUCUCUUCUGGCGCUCACCGACAACCCUCCCCCGCCCGGGCCCUCUAGGCCAAACAAAAUGUGCUUUCUACUGUGAGCCCCAACCCAGCGCCCUGGGGUGAAGGUGAAGGCCGGGAGAAGGAGAGGGGGAUGUGGGUACCCCAACUUUUUAGACAUUGCUGUUAGUGGGGGCUUUCCCCUAGUGCUACCCUUGGGAACCUGCCCAACGGUAUUCCACCCAGACCAGAGCCAGGCCUACCCCCUCUGGUGCCCUGGGCAGGGGGGAGCCCACUGACGUCUGUCCUUUGUCCUUUGCCCUUUUUUUUUCUUUUGCCACAUUGGCAGAAAUGAGACCUAAGGUCCCCCACCUGUGUUUGGUUCUUUCACUGGCAGUUGAGGCUGGUUGGACAGGUUGGAGUCAGAUUGUACUUUGCUCCAUUGUUAAUUGAGAAACUUUCAAUAAAAAAUAUUCUUUUCUACA